UAAAUGAAGACUUAUUAGAACUUCGUUUCAGACCGGAUAAUCCUUUUUGUCAUCCUAUUAAUGGAGAUAUAAUUCCAACAGCGAAUCUUUUACUUAAAGUAACACGUCGACGUAAAAAAGUUAAAAACCAUCAUAUGCGACGCGAUUCUGAUGACAGUAAUGAAGAAUCGAUCAAAGACUUCAAUUUUGAAAUUAUGGGGAUUAUCAGAAUGGCAGAUUAUCAAUGUGUUCCAAAUCCGAAUGAUUCUGUUCCAAGAUAUAGAAAGGCACUAGAAAAUUUUGAUAUCGAUACAAUUAUGGAUUUCGACUCUUUAUUAAAUGAUAGAAGAGAAGAAGAUAAUUUACCACCACCAUCUUUUUCACGUAUCGAGUGUCCUAUGGAAUAUGGCUAUCGACAGAAUAUGGCAGUGGUUAAAGUUCUGGUUCAAAAGGGAGAAGGAGAGGCACCUGCCCUUAAGUUGAUUAAUAGAAAGGGGCCACCGCCGGAUGCUAUAAAACCUGCGCAUCAACCUUCUCCGGAGAGUAUCGCGCGAAUUCAAAAG